AUGCAGUUUACACACUACACGCCUGGAUUGCCACACGGCGGUUUCUGUUCCAUCUUAGAAACCUUGCAGAUCUUCUCGAUCAAACUCACAAGGCUUGAUGGUGGGCUCGAGUUUCCUUUGUCCGUGUAUGGUGUGGUUGCCAUACGGGACAUGGUGGACCGCAACCGAAACAUUCUCUUCUCUCGGGAUAUUAGAGAGGCCCAGGAACUUAAACAGAGUGAUCCUUUUCUGCACUUGAUUGGUCCGUCCCGCGCAAUUUUGUUUGAGGACCACAUUGGCAUCGAAAUCCAAUUAAGAGUAGCAGGCACAGUAGGAUCUCAAGAUAGGGCAUUAAUCAGUGAUGCGUGCCGUUACAGAAGAGGAUACGGUCUCGGCGUUACUAGCCUCCGCUUCAAGAACAUCUUGUGCACGCUAGAGUUGAGGUCGCAGCCAGUUAAGAAAACGGUCCAGGCCACUAUCUUGGGUGUCCAGGUUGCCACAGACGAUGGGUCGUGGCCUUUAAAAUACGGCGGCCUAGUUGCUUGCUCCCCACUAUCAGGGAAAAUUGUGGCCAUCGAUAGUGCAAUCACUCGUAACAUUGAUCCCCCAUCCAGCCAGAUUGUGCUGAUUGAUUCAAAAGGUAAAGCAAUGCCGAAAGGCGAUAGUGGCCAUGUACAUCUGUGGAGGCAAGUUGUUUCCGUAGAAUUUGAAGGAGGGCUGGACCUUGUCAUACAAGCCUACUCCAAAUUUGGUGAUGUCGGUGCAGAAACUUCUGCCCAUUUCACGCCCCAAGUUUGCAACAUAAGCCAACAAAAAUGCACCCUUGGUGAUGCUCAGGUAACUUUUACUGUUGCCUGGUCCCUUGUUCCUGAAGAUUGCUUUUUGUGA